AUGACACCAUUAGACGGACAUCAAGCGGAGGAACGGGACUUGCAGAGCCAGGAGGACUCAGAGUGUCCCGUGUGUUAUGAAAGUCUCUCCGGCACCGAGAGGACCCUGAGCUGCGGACACGUUUUCUGCCACGACUGUCUGGUCAAAACCUUGGUCAGUAUCAACAGGGAGGGCGUCAUCAGAGACACCAUCAUCUGUCCCGUCUGCCGACACCUGACUUUCAUCAAGAAGCAACAGGAGGUUGGGGUUCCUCUCGCCCCGGGGAAAGAGGCUGAGGAAGGAGGCGGGCAGACCUUGAAGGUUCCUGUCCCUCCACCAGCACCUGGUAACCCACAGCAUCACCAUGAAGCACGACGCGCGUCAGGGCAUAGUAGCUCACCGUCUGAUUCAAGUGGACUGAGUUGGAUUGUGAGACGUUUUAGGUGUAUUUCAGAAUGCAGGAGUAGACGGAUACUGUCUCUGAUCACUCCCGACCACAGAAACUCUCAGAUUUUCAUCAUCAGUGCCCAGGGCCGACCCAUGUCUGAUGAAGAUGCGGUGAGCCUGGACACUAUGCCUGUUGUUCUCCAACCCAACCGCAGGAGACGGCGCGUCAAGAUUUGUACAACAGCACGUUGCUUGGUCGUUCUGCUUGUGAUAUUUACAUUGAUGGCAAUGGUAGCUGCCACACUUCCUUGGAUUAUAUUGGCGUAG